AUGGAUGAUGCCAAACCCUGUGUUACUCCCCUUAGUACAUCAAAACUUGAUCACUCUUCUCCUCUCUUGGAUGAUCCUACUGAAUAUAGAUCCCUUGUUGGAGCCCUUCAACAUCUCACAUGGACUAGGCCCGAUCUCUCUUUUGCAGUGAACCUUGUUUGUCAAUUUAUGUACUGUCCUCGACUUUCUCAUCUUCAAGCGGUCAAACGCAUUCUGAGGUAUCUCAAAGGUUCCAUUCAGUGUGGUCUCUGGUUUUCUAAAAGUUCCUCAUCACCGUGUAUCACUGCUUAUUUCGAUGCUGAUUGGGCAAGCUGUUCUAUGGAUCGCAGAUCAACUGGUGGUUUUGAUCAAGUAGCUGAUAUUUGUACAAAGGCUCUGUCCAAAUCACGUUUUCUGUUUCUCCGGUGCAAACUUGCUCUUCGGCAACCUCAAAUCAGUUUGAAGGGGAAUAUUGAGGGUAUAAAUGUAAAUGCAGAUAUAAAAGAUCCUAUUUAG